CGCGCUGUGAUUGGUCAGACGCUCCACGUUGCACAAACCUAAACAGCAGCGUAAAAACAGCAGACGCAGCGUCGUCAUUAUUAUUAGCGGCGUCGAAACCCAAGGAAGAGGCAGACAGCGCGACGCGGUGUUGACAGGACGCUGCAGAUCAUGUGUCAGUCCUGGUGAUAAUUCUGUUUUGGAACAACACACCGUCCGCACCAGCACCACUUUUCGGCAUGGGCUCCAGACUGAGCAGACAGAACAGCUUAGACAAUGACAGCUUCUCCAAGAAGCGACGCAGGCUCCUCGAUGGCGCGGCGGAGGGCGACCGACGGGCCGGUGGAGACUUUCUCUUUGCCCUGAUGCUGAAAACAGACAAACUGCCCGGGAUGCUGCGGAGGACCAGCCACAGCCCGUACAUGAGAAGAGUGACCUGGAUCAGGGAGAUCCAGAAGCUGCUUCGCGAUGGCAGGAUGGAGCAAGCAACCGACGUGCUCAAAUUGCUGAGGAAGGAUCUCGGACUGGAAGGUACCUCACUCAAUGACAUCUUAUACAAGAACGCUGCCUUCCUCAAUCUGGUGGAUCCCAUUUCACAUGAGCUGCUGUUGAGCUUGGCUCGAGAGAUGCAGAAUCCUAAAAAGGAUGCAGACACCAUAAAGUCGUCGGAUAAAAUUUGCAGACAGCUGAUCUACCACCUGACUCCACAUUCAAAGUGGCUGAGGCAGAGCAUGUCCAGACGGAAAUCCCAGGCAUGUCUCAAGACAACCCUACAGAAAAAGCUGUCCAAUGACACUGUAGACUUGUCAGGCAUCCCUCUGUCCACCCGGGAUGUCCGUCAAGUGGCCUUUUACCUCCAGAACAACAGAGACAGCGUGGUGUCAGUGGACAUCAGCUUUACAGAGCUCCAAGAUGAAAAUCUGAGGUUUCUUCUUCCUCUUCUCGCUUCACUGCCCAAACUCAAUAACCUGGCCCUUAACGGCAACCGUCUCACCUUGGCUGUACUCAAAGACCUGACUGAGAUGCUGAAAGACCCCAAGAAAUUCUCCAGCUUGGCAUGGAUAGACCUGGGCAACAAUGUUGAUAUUUUUACCAUGCCCCAGCCACUGUUGGUGGCUUUACGACGGCGCUGUAGCCUGAAGAGCAGUCUACCCACCAUUUAUGAGUACACAGAGGGCCAGCCCUACUGCUACCACCUGGAGACUUCUAUCGAAGAGCCUAGCCACUACGAGGAAGAGGAGGAAGAAGAUGCACAGGAUGGUGUGGACAACAUGGAGAACAAAUUUGACCUGGAGCCGUGGAGCUUGGGUGAGAAGCAGCUCUCCAAAGAAUUCACCCUUCACUACUGUGAGAGGUGAUGUAGUGUGCCGUCACACAGCGAGCCCCUAACUACCUUAGCUCGACCACCCUCACACCUACCAGCCCUGUCACCCUUUUAGUCACAAGGGAGACCACAUUGUGAAACUCUCAACCAGACACCAAGCAAUUCAAAGAUGUCACAGAAUGAACCCCCGCACCAGAUGACGGAGGACAGUCACGGUGGUGGACUUACUGUGUUGGUGGAUGGUGGUCUUGGCAACAAGGUGCGGUUUCAUUGGAGGACUGGAUUCAUUGGAGAAGGGUCUUUCUCUCGCUCUGUCGCUCCCCUUUACUCUUACCUCUGCCCAACUGUAGCAGCUAAUGAGCCAAUACCAAUUUCUAUCAGUUGUCUGGCUGGAGGAGCAGCAUUCUGGUAGUAGUUCAAGUGGUUCGGAAGCAGCGGGUCCCUCUGGGUUCUCGACCAGGACUGAGACAAUCUCCGGUAGGCAGAGCCUCACUCCACAUUGUGUGUUCUGUUAAGCUCUCAACAAAAGCAAUGACCCAAGUUCAACAGACUAUACAGCCGACGGCCCGUCACGUGACCCCGGCAAAACUGCUAGGUCAAGACUUUUUUUCGCCCCCUUUCCUAAUGUCUACUUGUGAAUACUCAUGCCCUUGUGUACGUGUAAAUGACAAACCAAAACAUGUGUUACAUUCACUGUUUUUCUGUCCUUUUGGUGAGCAAAGCAACCUUAGAAGACAGCAGGUAGGAUUCAGCAAUGGGUAGCUGUGAUUAAUGAUUUUCGUACUUGCUUAAAUGCUGGUGUUCACCUUUUGUGAUGUUGUCAUUGCCGGUGUUUCAGUAGUUCAAUACAACCAACCCCCAAACGACACACAUUGUCUUUGAAGCUGCUGUUGUCUGUCAGUCAUUCAAAUUAUGUGUUCUAUACGUACCCAUCUUAAGUGGCAGUUUCUGUUGAAUACCAUGACUGUUACCUCAAGAUGAGACAUGUCUUCUGCAAUAGCACAUAAUAGUCACUUAACUGCAAUGCACUUCAAUGCACUUUUCUGUUUGUAUUUCUCCAUAAUAGCAUAUACAGUGGAUCCCCGCACAUUGCCGAUUAAUUACUCAGUCUGCAAAUUGCUGAUUUGUGUUGAUUUUUUUUUUCUUUUCUGAAAAUAGGCUUGUAAACACAUCUCAUUUAUGAUGAGUCUAAUUUAUAAAAACUUCCCGUAAAAUGUACAUCAUACAUGUGCCACUGUUAACAAAGCCGGAAUUGUGUCUUUGAUUGACUUAAUGGAGUUGUGAUUCACAACGAGACAGUAGUCGAAGAUAGGCGACAACAAUUUACUUUCCACUCAACAAGCAACAGCUCUUUAGCAACGGCUAACGACCCAGAAACGGAAGUGACACAUGGUGAGUGUCUUAAUUAUUAUAGUGUGGGUCACCACAGACUGAUAAUUUUUUGUCCAGCUUUAUAUUCGAGUCGUUGAAAUCGCCAUAGUUUUGUGCAGAGAUGCAAAAGUUUGUUCGGGCAUGGAAGCACUAGCUUAAAGUGGUCAUCUUACAUUAUCAUUCAUUAAAGGUGAGUCCCUAUACAUUUUAUGUAGGGGUGUCCCGAUAUAACUUUUCCACUUCCGAUACGAUGUUGAUAUUGUAGCCUUGAAAUCAGCCGUUACCCCUAUCCAUCCGAUAUCGGUACGAAUCAUACAUACUAUUUAGAUUAUUGAAGUGUGGAAUGUUAGAAAAGAAUUGAUAGUGAUAAGCGAACAGAAAAAAAGCGAGUGAGUAUAAGAAAAACUGACUUGUUCACUUGUUUUUGUUCACUUGUUUAUGCAUAUGGGGGCAGCCUCCUUGUUGCGGCUCCCACCUCAAGCUUCUCGAACACCGAAGUGGAGGAAAUGUGCAUUUUCAAAGAGUUUGAAUUGAAAUAUCUGACUCGCCGCAAGUCUAUGAAGGCAUCUACACAGCAUUCUGACUGCUGAUUGGAUGAGGACACGAAAGUGUGCUACCCUGCGGUAAACUAUCCAUAACUGAACCAAUUACCCUCCAAUUUAUUCUAAACGUGUUUCAAACCAAGUGGGGAAGGACAAAGAAAGAAGCCAAAAACUUAACACGGACCUUGCUUUCACUAUGUAAUGUCUUUUCAAAAUAACAUUACUGACACCUAGUGACCAGAAUACUACAUACAGUAUAUCUUGUCUUUCAGUAUUUUGACAAAUAGGCCAUAGCCAACCACGAAACAGUAAUCAUUUAUUUUUGAAAAACUGAUGUUUGCACCGCAAAGUGGCUAGGGAUGAUUAAAAGUUAUUUUGAAUGCUGAUCCAAAACAGAAGAGAAAGUCAAUGUCAAGAUAGCAGGAUGGGUUGGACAGUGUCUGAAAUGGAUGUUAUGGGCCUAUGAUCACGUGUUGACCAUUUGCUGGUGGUCCCAGAGUGUAAUCCCCACAAAAAGCGGGGAUCUACUCUAUAUACUAUGAAGAAGCUGUCAUCUUUAAAAUGCUGAUCCAAAUGGCUUAUGAUUGUUAUAAGAUUCUAUGAAAAAAGUACUUGCUCCAUCAGAAUAUACACUAAAUGUUUAAAUGUGUAUCUAUACAUUGUCUUGUUACAGUAAAACAGUAACUAUUUGUGUUCUAGUUAUGUUGUCUUUUGUCCAAUACUGUAACUAUAAUGGCUCUAAUGACAAACUGAGCAGUGAGCAUUUAGUGUAUAUUGAAACAAUUAGACAGUAACCAAAGGCAAAAAUAAUGUAAUGUCAUUUGUGAUUACACUCAGAGCAAGCAUCUUUUCCGUUGACUGUUUAGUCAGCGUAGAAGAGCAGUAUCUAUACACUUUGUAGCGCCUGUUUCAUGUGUCUACAUUUUCUUGUUGUAGUUUGUGUUUACAAAUCCAAUUCUGCCAAUAAAACAAUUGAUCCACUUAGUAAGGAAUGUC